AUGUUGCGCUCGCGGGGAACACCUACACUGUCCGACUUGCCUGUCGAGCUGCUGGAACAGAUCUUUCUCGAAGCCUGCCACGAUGGCGGGAGGACGGCGUGCGCGUUGCGUCUCGUGUGCAGGGGUGCCCGCGCGCUCGUAGAACCUUACCGCUUCGUCUCGGUUGCGCUCUCCAGUAGCGCGCAAAUGGAAGAGUUGCUUCGGUCAAGGGGUAGCAUCGCGCGCGGGCGGGGUAUCCGUCACCUGUUCCUCGUCGAGUCCAAGAGCCGCGAGGAGAACGAGUGCGUCCGGAGCGAGAUCGUGGAAGAGAUCAUCCGCAUCGCGGCACCCACGGUCGAGACACUCACCUGUCUCGUGCGCAGCGUCUCCAACGCGUUCCCGAACCACUGGAUCCUGCGAACGCCGUUCCCCCGCCUGACGCACCUCACGUGCGAGCUCGUCCAGAUGGACGUCCAGGUCCUGAUCAUCCAGCACCCGCCCGUCGCCCCGUGCUACUUCCCCGCGCUGCAGUACCUGCACGUCAGCUUCCCCGCCAAGUCCUCGCUGGACCUCGAGUGCGCGCACCCCGGCGUCGGGCUGUUCGUCGACCGCGCGUCGCCGGCGCUGACGCACGUGCGCGUGUCCGGGGUGAACAUCGCCGGCCCGCACGUCCCCGCGCUGCGCGUCAUCCUGGGGCUGCAGCCGCGGGGGACGCGCCGGAUACAAGGGUACAUCCGCGCGCUGCCCGCGAGCGUCAAGUCGUACACGAUCGGCGUGACGACGUUCUGCUGGGGCGACGCGCGCGCGGCGGAGGAGCCGCACCCCAAGGCGGACGCGGUGCGCGCGGAGGCGGAGCACGCGGGGAGGACGCGGCUUGUGCUGCUGCCCGUCGGGAAGCUGGAGAGUACGUGGCAGGAGUCGAGGGAGCGGUGGAUGAAGGUCCAGUCUGGCGAACUCGCGCAGGAAGCCGAGUGGGUGGAGAGCGGGAUCGUCGGCCGCAAGAGAAGCAAGUCUAGGUUCCGCAAGGUGGACUGA